AUGCUAGCGCAAACUGGAAAAUCUUCAGAAGAACAGCAUACUAUCGUUAUCCAAGAACUGGAUAAGCUAAAACAUGAAAUAGAGGUAGAGAAGGAUGACGAGCCUAACUGGGGUAAGCAUAACAGGAAUGGGACGUUCGAUGGGACACAUGCUGAUUACUGCGUUUUUACAGACUUUUGGGCAUCUGUUUUGGUUGAUUAUGAAAAAAUAUCGAAAUCGAAUGCAAAGCAACUUUCACAACACAUCAGACUAGGAAUACCGUUUUCAUUACGCGGCAUGAUGUGGCAAUUGUUUUCCGGAUCAAAAGACGAUGCGUUAGAGGAGCAGUAUCGAGAAUUGUUGAAUGAAACCAGUACCCACGAGAAACUUAUUCAAAGAGAUCUGGCAAGAACGUUCCCUGGUCACGACUAUUUUAAAGAGCGAGGGGGGGAUGGCCAAGAAGGACUGUUUAACGUCGUCAAGGCUUAUAGCUUGUACGAUCCAGAGGUCGGCUACUGCCAGGGUCUCGCGUUUGUUGUUGGCCCCUUGUUACUGAACAUGCCUGAUGAAGAAGCUUUUUGUGUUCUGGUACAGUUGAUGGGCAAGUAUGGGCUACGGGGACAUUUCACUCCACAAAUGGAACAGUUACAUCGAAGAUUAUACCAGUUUGAGCAGUUACUACUGGAGAAACUGCCACGAAUACACCGAUAUCUAGAUGAGCAAGGCAUUCGCUCUACGAUGUAUGCGUCACAGUGGUUUAUGACGCUAUUCGCCUACAAGUUUCCACUCGAACUUGUCUUCCGGAUAUUUGAUAUCAUCUUAGCCGAAGGCAUAGAUUCCAUCUUCCAAUUUGCCUUAGCGGUUUUGCAGAGCAACGAGAAGGUUAUACUUAGUCUGGAGUUUGAGGCACUACUAGAUUUUCUGAAGAACGGCUUGUUUGCCGAAUAUCAGAAUGACGAUCGGAGACUCGUGCAAGAUGCAUGCGCUAUCUCUAUCAACCCUCGGAAAUUGAAGCAAUACGGUCGGCAGCACGAUACCUUGAUUGUGAAAGAACAACAAAUGAAUGAAAGGGAAGAAUCGCUACGACAGUCGAAUAGAGAAAUGAUGGAGACUAUCAAGCGAUUGGAGAUUUCACUUCAGAAGCUACAAGAAGAGCACCAGCAUGUCGCAGCGCAGGUCAUAACGUCAAAAGUCGAACUAGCUCAGCUGGAUGCUAGUAACAGCGAGCUCCGUAAAACGAAUGCAGAGCUACGACGGCAGAUUGAUACUCUACCAGCCGAGAUCGAAAGUCAGUGGAGGACAGAGUUUGACGAGCUUUGCCAGCAAAAUUCUGACCUCGUGCAGAAAAACUCUGCUUUGGAAGAUUCCCUCAUGACGCAAGAAGGCGUUGUUAUAGAUCUGAAGAUGAGGUAUGCUGAAUGCGAGAACGAAAAAGAGGCUCUUCAGUGCCAGUUGAAUGAGUUGAAGAAGAUAAUAUGA